CAGCUGACCGGUGAUAUCUUAAAACGUGUAGGUUAAAAUUGUAUUCUGCACGCAGAACAUUCUACAAUCUGUCAGGUUAAAGACUGUGCUCCAUACAAUGGGUGAUGUUACAGGACUGAGCAACGCGGAGGCCGAUGAGCUGUGCCAAACACAAGAUGCGGCUACCAAGGACUUUCUGUUCCAACAAACCAUGUACCGCAUCAAGGAUCCGCGUAAGUCGCUGCCAUUUUACACCGGUGUUUUGGGAAUGACUUUGCUGGUUAAAUUGGAUUUCCCAGAGGCAAAGUUCUCGUUGUAUUUUAUGGGUUAUGAGAACCCCGCCGAUGUGCCGAAAGAUCCCAAGGAAAGACGCCAAUGGGCUCUGAGCCGCAAGGCCACCAUCGAAUUGACCCACAAUUGGGGUACCGAGUCGGAUCCGGAUCAAAGCUAUCACACUGGCAACAGUGAUCCACGUGGCUAUGGACACAUUGGCCUUAUGGUGCCCGAUGUCUAUGCAGCUUGCAAACGCUUUGAGGAACAUGGCGUGCAGUUUGUGAAGAAGCCCGAUGAUGGCCGCAUGAAGGGUUUGGCUUUCAUCAAGGAUCCCGAUGGUUACUGGAUUGAGAUUUUCAAUGCCUUCAGCGUGUAAUCCGAAGCAUGAGAUUAAAGUUGCGCCCCCCCCCUUUUUUUUGUAUGUCAAUUGAAUGUUUGUAAUAAAAAUCGGAGUACGCAGUAU